AUGGCAUCGAGGAAGAACACGGUUGUUUUUGAGGACUACUUCCCUGCAAUGAUGGAGAAACUGGGCACUGAUGGGUUCAUGAAGGAGCUGACGAACGGUUUUCAGUUGUUGAUGGACAGAGAGAAGAAGGUGAUAACGUUCGAGAGCUUGAAGAGGAACUCUGCAUUGCUUGGGUUGGAAGGGAUGAGUGAUGAUGAGAUAAGGUGCAUGCUAAGAGAAGGUGAUCUUGAUGGUGAUGGAGCACUGGAUGAGAUGGAGUUCUGCACCCUCAUGUUCAGGUUGAGUCCUGCUUUGAUGAACAAUUCCAAGGAACUUUUGGAGGAAGCCAUUUUCCCUUCUCUUUAG